AUGACUACUUCAGUUUCAAGCCAUAAUCAGGAUGAUGUGCAAUCCAUACAACGUCAAAUUUAUGAGAAAAAAACAAGUAUACUUGAUUCAACACGUCGUAUGCUUGGUUUGAUCAAUGAAUCUGAAGUUGUUGGUACAAAUACUGCCGCUGAACUACUUGAACAACGAGAAAAAUUAGAAAAUAUUGAAAAACGUUGUGAUGGAAUUGAUAAUAAUUUGGUUGAUGCCCAAAGAAACUUAAAUAAAUUAGGUUCCGUAUUUGGUGGAAUUAAAAAUUAUUUUAGUCCACCAAAAAGUACUUUUCCAAAAUCAAUAUCGCAACCGCAAAUUGCCGCAAAAAAGAAACCAACUCCAACUCUACAAGCGGCAGCAACAGCUGCUGAUACACGUCCAACCAAUACAAAAGAUGAUACUGAUACGUAUUUUGGAAAAUCACGAAGUACUAUGGAUGAUAUGGAACGUGAAACUGAAGAUGGAUUACAUGAUGUUCAUCAAGGUGUUAAUCGUCUUAAAUAUCUUGCAAUGCAAAUGAAUCAAGAACUUGAAAGCCAAAAACCUUUAACUGAUCGUCUUGCUGGAAAAUUGGAAGUACUUGAUAAUGAAGUAAAGAAGAAAAAUACACACAUGAAAUCAAUUUUAUUACGUUAA